AAGACGAAAUGUCUUGGUGAGGGAGGAGUCGCAGUUGGGGACGGCAGGCUAUAAGCAAAGACGCCAUCUCACGGAAGGGACCAACUGGGGGCGUCCAUUGCCUCCUUGCUGGCCUAUAAAAGGCGAGCAUCCAGGCAGGCCUCCCCUGACACCCGGGCAGCCUUGUCGCCACACUCGAGAGACAGCAGGCUAUACCAUCUCCUGUGAGAUCCCAUCUCCAGGGCAUCAUCGAGGAGGCCAGAAGCAUGGCAGCUCUGAGGGCAUGGCUCCUGUGCCUGCUGCUCUUAGCCUUGGUCCUUCCAGGAGCUUCCAGCCGAGCCCACCAGCACUCCAUGGAGACACGCACCCCUGACAUCAAUCCAGCCUGGUACACAGGCCGUGGGAUCAGGCCUGUGGGCCGCUUCGGCAGGAGGAGGGCAGCCCUGAGGGAUGUCACCGUACCUGGCCUGCGGUGCCGGCUAAGCUGUCUCCCGUUGGAGGGAGGUGCCAAGUUCUCUCAGCAUGGAUGACAGCCCAGCGCCUGAAGACAGUGAUGCUGGGCCCAACACCACCCUCCCUCUCCCUGCGGAGCCUCCCCACCCCACCCCUACCCUGCUUUCUCUGCUUUCCCUACAAUCUAAUAAAAGUGCUGGCCUUGUUUACUGUA